UUGUUUUUUCUCCCUCAACCCAACCAUCCAGCGAAGAAAAGAGUGGAGUUUGGUUUGCAGAGGAUUGGAUUGUAAAAGUGCCAGCAGAAGCAGAAGUGUACAAGAGUGUAGUUCACACAGUCAGUCAUCAGCAAUCGUCGUCGCCGUCGUCGUUGUAAAUCGAGGGAGUGAAAAUUUUCAUUCAAGCUUCCUGACUGGCACUGAGUGGCCACUCUUUUGGGCGAGUCUCGCUGGUGAAAAAUUCGAUUGAUUCCGCGCGGAUCGGGUGACGAAUCGGGAUUAGGUGGUAUCUUUCGCUCAGGUGCAGGAAAAAGAAAAGUGUCCGAACAAGCCCGAAAGUGGGAGGAUUGCGUGUCGCGAGCGACGAGGAAAGUUUCGCCAGGCUUUUUGUAGGCCGCCGCAGAAAGAGGAGAGCGGUAGAGGAAAAAAAGUGCAUAAUAGAAAAGGCUGUAAGUAAAGUGCAUUACCACCGACUUGGGGUGGGCAAAAGCGAGAAAAAAGGGGAAAACAAAAAUUGCCAUUGGUUCCAGUGAUAAGCAAGUGCAGUGCAGGUUAUUGCGAAUGGUGUGGUGUUCUCCCAUUGUGGACGGGAAUAUAGUGUGAUUCGGGAAUAAAAGUCAGGAAGUGUCUGGAUAGUGUGCAAUCGAAGAAGGUGGGAGUGCUUUGCUUGCUUUUUCUUUUCAUAAUCCAUCAUCACUGUCUGGUUUUCUGUGGUGCGUCUAGAGUUGGAUCAUUUUUUUCGUCAUCGAAAUAUUGUGCUUUUCCAUCGAUAGCGAACGACCCUCCACAUCAGCUGUGGUGGAGCAGUUGAAAAAUCAUCGCCAGGAAAAAAUAGUGUAAUCGAAAAAAUAACAAACGCAACCCCGUACCGAAAUCAUCAUCAGCAGCAGCAAUAAGCGAAGAAACAGCAGCAACAACAACCAACGAUCAGCAGCAGCUUAUAAUACGUGUGAAGAGUACAUAGAGGAGCAGAGCCAAGAGUUUCUCUUCAUUAAAAAAUCCACCUCUUCUCUUCUUCGGUGCGGUCGGUCGGUGGCAUCGCUCUUUCAGUGUGUGAAUGUCGAAAUAUGACGUAUGCUGCUUUUUGACUUAGGAAACACAAACAUCACACUGAAAGGACUGCAAACUGCCCACUUGUGCAACGGCAUCAGCAUCGCGAACAGCAAACCAGCACACCGUAUAAGGACUCAUCACAAACCACCACCACCACCGUUAUCGUCGUCAGCAUUGUUAUCGCCACGCCUCGCUAAAAUACGAAGGAAAAAGCGAAAAACCUCAGCACUGCUACCGCCGCCACCACCACCCACCACCAGCAUCAUCAUCAUCAUCAUCAUCCGUCAUUCCAACUCCCACCAAACCUCCCACAUUCGGCAUCUCUCGGAGGAGCACAAAAAUCUCAUCGCAUCGCUUAAAUCCCGAUUAAGAUAAAGCCGAGCUGGAAAAGCGAGCACAACAAUAGCCACCGAAAAGAAGAAAGAGCUCGGAAUCUCUCGCCGCAAAAAGAAAGCUGAUUUCUGCUAUAGAGCUAGAAACUGAAAGUAUUUGCAAACCGCACCACCCCCGCCCCCAUCACUGGCAAACAGCAUUGUUUGAGGUAGUCGCGCAGCAUCCACAAACGCGCACAUACACACACACAUACACAUAUAUGUAUACUUAAACGCUUGGGAGUUGAGAAAAACAAAAAAAGAACUGCGGCGGAAAAAGGCUACUUAUAGUGUUCAGAGACGGUCGCCUGCCACUACUCUACCUACUACUUAUCGCACACUCACACUUGAACCCACCACUCUCGAUAGCAGUGGGUCCCGCGUCUGUUUUCCGUAUUAAACUCUGGUAUUAUUUAUUGUGUACAUCUCAUUUACUUCCUACUUGUUUACAUACAACCACGCAUCCCGUACUACUGCUUAUUAGUUCGUAACUGCCACCAGGUGCUUAGCUGCGUUUUUUUGGGCUAGCCUUAAAGUAUUAUUUUUCAUAUACAUAUUGUUUUGUUUUUUUGGUUCAGUACUCUUAAGCUACAGAGAUAAACAAAAAGAUGUUCUAUUUAUUAUUUAUGUAAUUGUUGUCCAAGUCUUUCAUGUUGGUAUCAUUUAUGGAUGAUACUGCUGCUGCGGCAGUUUGGUUGCAAUCGCUAUUUAUAGUUUUGUAAGUUUAUCGUGCAAGCAAAUUUUUUUUACCGAAGUGGUCUCCUACUCAAAGGGAGCCUUCUUCUAAGUACGUGUCUGUGUUAGUACAUUCCUCACCCACAAGUCAAAAAUCCUUAAAAAUCGUGUGCGUGUGAAUUACCACCCCCCUGGAAUCCCUAUCGGCAAAAACCGCAAAAUCUCAUCCCUUCAUCCACCAAACGGGGAACGGAACGUCCCAUCCCAUUCCUAGUUUAAUGCAACACUGAAUCGGUGUGAUCGCGUCCGCCUGCCUUUCGCCUGGCCUCCCGACCUCUGACCUCUGUGUGUGACCACUCUCUAGUAGUAGCUAGUAGUAAUGACAUUGACGGUGUCGGAAUCGGACAGCAAUAAUCUGCGCACUAACCACAACCACCACCCAAGUCCCCAGCCGGAUAUGACCGAAUCUCUACCAAGUUCUGAACUCUCUCUGCUAGCAAAACUGGAGGCCGCCAACAAGCUGAUCGAGAGUGACUCGAAGAGUCUCAACUCUCUGCAAAGUUCCGCGCAUAGUCGGAAGAGCUCCGACACCAGUCAGAUUUCGCUCAACUCCGGUGCGUCCUCGGUGGGCGAGGAGGACAUCUGGUCGACAUGGGCCGGCAUCGUAGCCGACUGGGAAGCCGGUCAGAAGCGCAAACAGCCCACGGUGAAGGAACUGGUCCGGAAGGGCAUUCCCCACCACUUUCGGGCCAUCGUGUGGCAGCUGCUCUGCGGUGCCACCGAAACCGACAAGAAACAGUACGCCGAGUAUAUCAAGGCGACCAGUGCCUGCGAGAAGGUCAUCCGGAGAGACAUUGCCCGGACGUAUCCGGAGCAUGAUUUCUUCAAGGAAAAGGACGGCUUCGGACAGGAAGCGCUGUUCAAUGUGAUGAAGGCGUACUCGCUGCAUGACCGGGAGGUCGGCUACUGCCAGGGUUCCGGAUUCAUUGUGGGGUUGCUGCUGAUGCAGAUGCCCGAGGAGGAUGCCUUCUCGGUGCUGGUGCAGAUCAUGCAACAAUACCGCAUGCGGGACAUGUUCAAACCAUCGAUGGCAGAGCUGGGUCUCUGCAUGUACCAGCUGGAAAGCAUCGUUCAAGAGCAAAUUCCGGAGUUGAACCUCCACUUUCAAUCACAGAGUUUCCAAACGUCAAUGUACGCUUCCAGUUGGUUCCUCACACUGUACACCACCGCUUUGAACCUCACGCUUAGCUGCCGGAUAAUGGACGUGUUCCUGUCGGAAGGCAUGGAAUUCAUCUUCAAGGUCGCCAUCGCACUGCUGCUGAUCGGCAAAGAUACCCUGCUGUCGUUGGAUAUGGAAGCAAUGCUGAAGUACUUCCAAAAAGAGCUUCCCCAAAAGGUCGAACAGGACAGCGACGGGUUGUUCAAUCUAGCAUUCCAGGUGAAAAUCAACACUAAAAAGAUGAAGAAAAUGGAAAAGGAGUAUGCCGAUCUGCGGAAAAAGGAACAGGAAGAGAUGGUCGAACUGAGGCGGUUACGGAGCGAAAAUCGAUUGCUAAAAAAGCGCAACGAACUGCUGGAGGCGGAAAGUGCCGAACUGGCCGACCGGCUAGUGCGCGGUCAGGUGUCCCGAGCCGAAGAGGAAGAAACCAGCUACGCCAUCCAGUCGGAACUGCUGGCGCUGCGGCGGGUACACCUGGAGGUGUCACACCAGCUCGAAAAUGCCAACGAGGAAGUGCGUGCGCUGAGCCUGCGGCUUCAGGAGAAUAACAACUCCCGCCAGAAUUCGUUCGACGAGCUGAUCAUGAAGGAGGAAGCCCUCAAGCAGCGGGACGAAAUGGUUUCCUGCCUGCUGGAGGAACUCGUCAAAGUGCGCCAGAGUCUAGCCGAAAGCGAAGAUGUGAUACGAAACCUUAAGACUAAGAUCCAGGAAUUGGAAGAAGACAAGAAGCGCCUCCGGGAAACGAGCAUCGACAACUCGGUGGCACAUCUGCAAGACGAACUGAUAGCCAGUAAGCUGCGGGAGGCGGAAGCUAGUCUAUCGCUGAAGGAUCUCAAACAGCGGGUCCAGGAGCUGAGUACCCAGUGGCAGCGGCAGCUGUCGGAGCAGCGAAACGAAGCUGCCCAGAGCAGCGAGUCCGGCGCUAAGAAGCUACUGUUUUGGGAGUCAUCGCGCACGCAAGACAUGCAAAAGCUGGAGGAGGAUCUGAUGACGACUCGGAUCCGUGAAAUGGAAACGCUAACCGAGCUGAAAGAACUUCGGCUGAAGGUGAUGGAGCUGGAAACGCAGGUUCAGGUUUCUACCAAUCAGCUGCGCCGGCAGGACGAAGAAUCGAAGAAGGUGAAGGAAGAACUGGAGGAUGCGCUGGCCCGGGAACGAGAACUGUCGAACAAGGCCCGCGAACAGCAACACCGGUAUUCGGAUCUGGAAUCGCGCAUGAAGGACGAGCUGAUGAAUGUGAAAAUCAAGUUCACCGAGCAGAGCCAAACCGUGGCCGAGCUGAAGCAGGAGAUUUCCCGAUUGGAGACCAAGAACUCCGAGAUGCUAGCCGAAGGCGAACUGCGGUCGAACCUGGACGAGUCGGAUCGGGUCCGCGAUCUGCAGGACAAGGUCGCCGAGCUUAAGGCCGAGCUAACGGCGAUCAAGUGCCGCGGUACGAACCUGAACCUGCGCAUGAUCAAGAGCACCUCGAUCCAAUCGAUUGACUCCACCAACGAGAUCGAUUUCAGCGAUAUGCAUCUAUCGCGAAAGGAUAUUAUCACCAGCAACAGCACUCCUCCUAUGCAACAGCAGACGGCUGUCACUUCCACAUCGGCGGCGACGUCCCCGUCGUCAUCAUCGUCGUCGUGAAACUUAGCGUUUAAGGCAAUAGUAGGGAUAGAAGUAGCAAGUAGUGUAACUUCAUUGUCAGAAGCCGUUAUUCACUUACAUACGACAGUUAUCUAGUAGUCAUUCUACGGCAAGAAGAUCAUAAUUUACAACAUGGAAAAACAACAAAAAUCACGCAGAAAAAGAAGGAAAGACGCAGGAUUAGUACUAUUUUCUAUUAUAGUAAAUAGAGUAUUGUAUUGAGGUGAAAAAAAAACCGAUAGUAGAGUCUAAGGGUUGUACUGCAAGAGCGAAAGGGAAAGAGAGAGAGAGAGAGCUAGUUUGAAGAGUAUGACUGAUAAUAACCCUACCUACGAGACGCUGUUCUUAUGAUUUAUGUAUUUUGUGAAAUAUGUGUUUAGAAUUUUUGUUUGUAUUUUCUGAUCCGCUAUUCUCUGUUUACUACUUAUUUACACUACUUAUGCAAAGUUUAUCAAUGAAGUCUAUUUAAGUUGCUAUACUGAAGAGAAUGUAGGAUGAUGCCAAGUAUAACCGACGGCACAUUAUUUAAAGGCGCAGAAGCAGAGGCUGAAAGCACACGCGCGCGCAAUAAGCUUGCAACACUGGAUGCAAUCUUCAUUUAUAAAUAACUAUUAUUAUUAUUAUUAUUAUUAUUAUUAUUAUU